AUGGUGUGGGCCAACCACGUCUUUCUGGGCUGCUGGUACCCGCCGCAGGUCAUGGGGAAGGCGCUGGAAAUGGCUGAAGGCAUUCAAGUGACCGACGCUCCUGUCCGCACCACGAGAGAUGAACUGGUUGCCAAGGUGAAGAAAAGAGGCAUAUCAAGUAGCAAUGAAGGGCUAGAGGAGCCCUCCAAGAAGCGAGCUGUUGAGAGAAGCAAAGAUUCUAAGGAUACUGGAAAGGAUGUGAAGACAACAAAGGCAGAAGCCCCAAAGGAAACAGAGAGCACAUUGCCAAAAAAGCAGGAAAAAUAUACUAGCAAAGAUCCACAAAGCUCCCAGUCCGCUUGCAGUUCAAAUAAAGAAAUGGUCACAGCAUCAGACAUAGAAACAGAAGGAAAAUCUAAUGCAGGAAAUACUACUGAGCAAAAUCUGUCUUCAUCUGAAAAAGAGUCAGGAGAGAAGCCUUGCUCAAAUGCAACAAAGGAGAGCAAGUGUGAAAAUGUGCCACCACCUGAAAAGAAAACUACAGCAAGUGCAGUGCCACCAUCUGCCAAGACUGCCCUGCAGGUGGUGGCAGUGCCUCCGACCACCAAGAGCACCCCACAGCCAGCGGCAGUACCACUGACCACCAAGAGCACCCUGCAGCCAGCAGCGAUGGCAGCAACGGUGCCACCAACCGCCAAGAGCACCCCACAGGCAACAGCAUUGCCACUGACCACCACAAGCGCCCUGCAGCCAGCAGCAGUGGCAGCGGCGGUGCCACCAACCACCAAGAGCACCCCUCAGCCAGCAGCGGUAGCAGCAACGGUGCCACUGAGCACCAAGAGCACCCCACAGGCAGUGGUGGUGGCAGCAUCAGUGCCACCAACCACCAAGAGCACCCCGCAGCCAGCGGUGGUGCCACCGACCACCAAGAGCACCCCACAAACAAGUGCUACAUUGCUGUCUUCCAAAAACCAAGCGAGUGCCCCAGCAUCAGCGUCCAAGAGCAGUGCUCAGGCAGGCACCUCGCUGCUGCUGGCCCCCAAGAGUGGUGCUCAGGGGGGUACCUCACUGCUGCUGGCCUCCAAGGGCACUGCUAAGGUGGGCUCCUCGCUUCUGGCCUCCAAGAGCAGUGCCGAGGUGGCUGCCUCAUUGCUGGCUGCUCGGCAGCAGGGGUCUUCGCUGCUGACUUCCAAGAGCAGUGCUCAGGUGGCUGCUUCACUGCUGGCCGCUCGGAGCGGCGCUCAGCAAGGUCCCUCAUCGUUAGGCUCCCGGGGUGCAGGUUCACCACAGCUUUCCUCUAAGAGUGGCUCGCAGGCAGGUGAAAGCCCUGCUAAGGUUUUGUGCAAACCGUUAACCAGUGAAGAUGCAAAGGAAAGACAACCUUUUUUCAACAGACUGUACAAAGCUGUAGCCUGGAAACUGGUUGCCGUUGGAGGCUUCAGUCCCAAUGUAAAUCAUGCAGAACUUCUAAACUCAUCUAUUCAGUCUGUAAAAGCUACAUUAGAUGUUGCUUUUGUUCCCCUGAAGGAACUUGCAGACUUGCCUCAAAAUAAGAGCUCUCUAGAAAAUAUAGUUUGUGAACUGAGGUGCAAGUCUGUCUACUUGGGUACUGGCUGUGGUAAAAGUAUGGAAAAUGCCAAAGCGGUUGCUUCGAGAGAAGCUUUGAAAUUAUUCCUCAAGAAGAAAGUUAUUGUGAAGAUAUGUAAAAGAAAAUACAAAGGUAGUGAAAUUGAAGAUUUGGUACUUCUGGAUGAAGAAUCAAAACCUUCAAAUUUACCUCCAGCUUUAAGAAAUCCUCGUGAGAUCUUGUAG